GAACACAUUGUAAUCUGGCAACCCUACAGCCGUAGACUACCUUGCGUCGUUGUGAUAAACUUGUACUGGUAAUCCACUUGGUUGUUGGAACCAUUCGUUUAAAAAUGAGUUUUCAUUCCAAACACAUGCAUUCUGUUGCUAAUCCCGAAAAGAAGGAAUCGCCAUUGAAUACGCAUCAUCCUCAGGUAGGAGCAUCGUUCGUUGAAGUCACUUAUGGAGGCGAUAAAAGAGCUAUUGUGAACACAGAUUGUGCGAUUGUACAUCUAUUACUACAUCUCAGGGCUAAAUGCAUAGGAGAUGGAUUUGCAAUAUCUGACAACAUAUGCAUUGAAGGUUCACUUCUUCCGAGUAAAAAACAUCAAGCUAAGACACAUAAAUUAGUGCAAAAGGGCAAUCCACAUGACGAAGAUGAUGACGAUGAAAUAGAAUAUUUGGAUCUUCUUGAUGGAGCGGCCACGCCUUUGGAGCUAAGUAAUCGCGAUCCACUAAGUUUUGCUACACCAUAUUUGAAGCAUAGAUCCGAAUAUGUACUGUGUAGCGUUAAAAAAACAAAAGAAGGAUACAUAAAAGAUGCGAAUCCGUUGCUUGUGAAGCCUUCUAUGGAUCUUAAAAGGCGAAUCCACACCGUGUUACGGACUAUGGAAAGAUUUAAAUCACGGGGCGAUAAACAAAGUUCACCUCCUACUAAAGUUGAGACGCGACGCAAGGGUCAUAAAAAAGGGGGCAAACGGGACAAAGAAUGAUCUUUCAACACUCAAACAGUGACAAGUUUGCGUUUCAUUUUCCUGGAAUUUCACUGUUAGCGUUUUCGAAACAUUUUGUAAUUUUUUAUUUAGUUUGUCUUUGUAAUUAUAACUUAAACACCAUUUUUUUAAUAUAUUUCUUAUAAUAUAUUUAAUAUA